GAAUAAUAAAAGACAUCAAUUAAUUAAAACGAAAACAAUUGAUGAUUUAUUUUCAACAAUGUUUUUUGACAAUAAAAAAAAUCAAUGUAGCGUGUAACAUAGUCACAGAUAAUAACAUGUAUAUUGGUGGUAUUAUGUGACAUCGGUGACUGAUGUAUGCGUGUAAAUGUGUGAAUGUUUGUAUGUGAAGGAGAGAGGAGAGCAACAUGGCGACGGAGAGACUUGUCUAAAGGGACGGUGCUAUUUUUUUUCAUGCUACCGUCACUUGGGUAACUACCGGCGUGCCGGAUAGUAACAAUCAAUCACAAGCCAAAUUAAAUUUAUAAAUUAAAUAAAAUAAAAUUCAACGUGGUUGAAUAAAAUUAAAAAUAUAUUGUACGUACAAUUUUACAAUUAACCUGAGGGUUAUUGUACACAUUAAAUUAUUGCAACAACAACAACAAAACAACACUUACAUUUCAAGUUGUCCAAGUGAAAAUUAGUUUGAACAACAAUAUUGGCAUUCAGGACGGCGUCCAUUCGGUGAAAAUUCACCGCCAAUAUUUUGUUCAAUAUCAACAACAUCAACACAGUAUUUGGAAUCAUCUGGUAUAUUUGUUAAUUGGUUUGGGAAUAAAAUAAUCAAUAUAAUCUGUCAUCAUUGGGCCUGAUCAACCCGGACAACAUCACCAUUCCUGCCAACAUCAUCAUCCAGAGCAACACGUAAACCAGGUUGUAAAAUAAUUGUAUGAAUAGUAUGUGUGUGUGCGAGCAUGUGUGCAAAUAGGGUCACCAAAUUAUUUAAAUAAAAUUACAAUAAUACUUGAUUAAUAUUAAUAUAAAUAUAAAUUUGUUGUGCCAGUCUUAUUUAAACACCUAGACAUUUUCAGGUUAUAUUAAAUAAAUUUACUUGUUAAUUUUCUUAAAAUAAUUUUCAUAAAAUCAUAUAAAUUUAAAAUAAAUAAAAUAUAAUUUAGACUAUUACAUCAACAAUUUAGAAGAAAUUUUGAAAAAUCAUCAAGUUUUUAAUAUCAUUCAAAUAAUAAUUACAAUUAUUUUGAUAAAUCAACUUGUUCUUUACGUAUGAAAAAAACAAAUUCAGUUUUAAUUCGUGAUAAUAAUAAUAAUAAUAUUUUGAAGUCAAUUUUUUUGUAAAUUAAAUUAUCCAACAAUUUAAAAAAUUAAUAAUGACACAUCAUCUCAAGUACCAUCAAUAAAUUAUUAUAAUUUAAAUAACAUAGCAUCAUUACCAGCUGAUAACAAUGAUCCUAAAAAAAAAAAAAACAGUCGUGUCAUGGCGUCGCAUUCUGCGUGCGCAUCCAAAUUUAAACUUGGCGCUUCACUUUCCAAACUCAGAUCUUCAUUUUUGAAUUUACUAGAUUCUCAUUGGUUGUUGGUUGGAUUUGGUGAAAUAGAUACAAAUAACUUUCACAGCCGCAACGUCAGUAUGUGUUCGUAAAACCACGAUGAGCAACGACGAGUUUACGAACACGGGCGUUGCAUGUAAACGGAACUUAACGCGUUACCCAAGCCAAGCAUCUAGCCGGCAACCAACAGCCAUUAUCGCGUCGGCUUUCACCAUGUAUUCAUCAUUUGUGAAUCUCAAGCCAUAAAGCAAAAAGAAAAACUUGAACAUAUUUUAAAAUAUUAUAAAAUUAAAUACAUUUAAAUAAAAAUCUUAUUUAUUUAUCAUUAAAGAAAAUAAUUAGGAAUAAUAUUAUUUGUUUAAAUUAUUUUUUAUUAUCUGAAUAUUAAUUUUAUUGUCAACUAUAAUGGAAGAUGAAUACACGUCCAACGAAGAGAUAGACAAUUUUCAAGGUCGAGACAACACGAUGUAAGUUGAAAUAUAUUUAUUCUUUAACUAUAAUCAAUGAAAAUAAUAUUUAAUAAAUUUUUUCUUUAAUUUAUGCUCAUUUUCUUUGUAUACUAUUUUUUUUGUGCUUUGCAAUCCGGAAGUAAUGGGUUAAAAAAAAAUCUUUAUUGAAUAUAACUAUUAUAUCAUAAAUUAUAAAUUAUUAUGUUGUUACAUGCAAAAAAAAUUAGCAUUUCAAUAUUCUACCUGUAGGAUGGUUUUAUCGACGUAAAUUAAUUUGAAAUAAUUAAUGAAUAGAUUGCCUCGUGUUAUUUUUGCGGUAAGAUUUUUUUUUCUAGAUAGAAACCAGAAUGUUCUUACUGCGUGUUCACUUAUACGGUUCGGUUUUUUUAUCGUUUUGUGCCUGAAACAGUUGGGAUAAUUUAUUGUUAAUUAUUGCAAUUACAAUCAUUAUUAUAUUUUAUAUUGUUGAUCUAUAAUUUUUUAUUUGUAAUUGUAAUUUAAUAAUGCAGAGUCGUCAUAGGCACUGUGGUUCGUGAUGAUCCACAUCGAAGACGUGUCAAUGCACCACAACCCAUAGUUCAUGUUUUGCGUGUCAUCUUGAGCAAUAUGCAAGGUCGUGAAAUACGAGUUCUCUUCUGGGAUCAGCGUGUUGCGGAAUUCGAAAAACCGAAUUUUUCGUCAAGUACUCAGAAUCAGUCGUCCACGAGUAGUUGCUUAUCCACAAUAUGUUGAUUUAUCACAAAAUUUGAUGCCAAUUGAAUUAUCUAUUCAACAGUCAACAACUGUUAAAAUCCUUGGUCCUAUUUCAGCUGCACGAGAUGCAGCAUUACCAAUGGCACCAAGUGUUGAGCUUUCUGAUGCUGGAACCAUGCUUGGUCAGCUCCAGAUAACUGCAUUUAUCAGACAUCCUAUUCAACGUCAAAUAAUUAGCAAUUUCACAAGUGCAAGUGGUGCUAUUACUGAUGGAAUGUAUCACGUGUGCGUAGAUGUUGCUGUUUCUUCAGUACAGAUGAUUCCAGCUGGUACUCAUGUGUCAAUACUUGGAGAGCUUCGUCGUAAUAAUUACGAUACAUUGAUUCUUCAAGUUACUGAAAUGUCAAAUAUACAAAUCGUUGACGAGCAAAUGAUGGAUUCAGCUCAACUGAGAAAUGGAUUCCAUAUUGUUCCAAAGAUUGCAGCCGGUAAACAAGUUCCACCUAUACCAAAUGUUGCACCACAGAUGCAAGUCAUUGCACAACGUCGUCAAUUGCUGAUCCUGCCAACGUUGUUCAGGUUCAUGCAGCAGCAGUGCCAGUACAGGCAGCUGCACAAUUGCAUGUUGACCCAGAUAAUGCAUCAGCACUAUUGGCAACAAAUGCCAGUCAGGAACAUCAUCAUUAACCAUCAUCAUCUGGUAAUCAAUUGCUCAAUUUUAAUGAUAAACAACAUCAAUUUGAUUUGGAUUUUCCACCUGUAAUAUCAAAAAACGAAAAUUAAACACCUAUUUGUCCAGGUGUAGAAGAAAAUUGAAUUCAUUGUUUAUUCAAUUAUAAUUACAUUAUAAACAUUGUGUUCAUUCAAUUGGCUUCAAUAAAAAGCUUUUUACAUUUUCACUUUUCCUAUCCUUAUUCACAGAUUCUAAGAUAAUCAGACAAAUAGAAAAAAGAUAAAUCCAGACCAAGAGCAAAGAAUAAGAGUGGAUAAAGAUUCAGACCUAAGAUAAAAGAUAUGAAAGAAAGUUAUUGGAUUAGCAAAUUAUAGUAUUUUAGAGCCUGAUACAGAUUCUUAAUUUAUUUACAGAUAUUAGAUAAUUUAUAUAUUUACAGAUUAGAUAAUAUACAAUGGAAAAAAACACUCAAUGUUUUAUUGACAUACAGAAUCCUCUUCGAAAAAAAAGAAAACAACAAUUGGAAAUUAAACAGGAUAGCCAAGAAUUUAAUUUUAUUGAUAAUCAUAAUCGUCAAGCAGAUGUUACAGAAUAUUCACGUUUCCCUCAUCAAAGAAAAAGAAAGCAGGAGUUGAAAAUCAAAGUAGAUAGUUCUGUAUGUACAACUGAAAUUGGCAUAAAUAAAAGUAUGCAGCCAAGACUUGAAUCAAGGAAGCAACAAUUCAAUCUCAAAAGCGAUCAUUCUACAUUUUCUGAAGUCGAUAAAGUAACUGAAAUUGAUUUAACUAGACUGCCUACGAUAACUGAUAUUGCUAUAUUUUAAAACAAUCAGGUGCAGAUGGUUAGAGCCCCUCAUCAAAAUAGAUGUGAUUUAUCAACGCCAGUUCUUUUAUCAGCACAGCUGGAUAAUAGCCUAGAUGAAUCAGUAAUACAUUAUCUCGGUUCGAUGUGUACAUUGUAAAACAAAACAUUUUAAAUCAGAAAAAGUUUUGCAUGAAGGCAAAUCAUUCAAGGAUUGUUGUAGCCAUGUUAAAGUUAAGUUAGAUCCUUUGCCUGAGCUCUCACUAGUAUUAAAAGAAUUAUUUACCGGUACACAUCCAUUGUCGAAAUAUUUCUGUGAUAAUAUCCGCCUGUUUAACAGCUGGUCAUUUUCAGAUGCGUCACUCAAUGCUAAUUUAGUCUAUUUUGUUUUAAAAUCCAAGGUCAAAUUUACUAUCAGAUAAAUACGUCUAAUUAUGAUAUUCCAAGAAAUGGACAACUUUUUAUCGUUAAUUCUAAUGAAGCAGUUGACUAUCAAUUGAGUACCCGUAGAAGUUUAAAUAGAAAAGGUUUUGCAGCUAUUGAUGAUAUAAUGCGCCAACAUAAUGUAUUCAAUGCUCAAUCAUUUCAAAUGAUGAAAGAUGAAUUAGACACAAUGACAACAGAAAAUAAUAGUAUUGAACCAGAGUUGAAAUUACGUUUUUUUCUCAAAAAAGGACUUGACCGGAGACGUUAUAAUUUCCAGCGUGUCAAUGAAGUUGCUGCAGUGUUUUCAACAACAGCAGAUGGUGAAAUUCCAGAAUCAUAUAUAACUAUACGUAAUAAACAUACCAAAGAAUAUGUUAGCUCAAUGAAUAAGAAUGUUGAAGCUUGGACUUAUCCAGUAACUAGAAAAAACUAGAUUCCAUAGUCAUAUUCCAACUUGGAUAAAGAAAAAUGUUUUGCUAAUAGCCGAUAGAUCUUUUCUCAGCUAUAUCUUGACCUUUGCUAUAUCUUUUAUUUAGCCUUAAUUAUAGCUAAACAUACAAUAUCUACAUUAUUUUACCCGCUACGUUCUUUUCUUUAGCUACAUCUUUUCCUCACCUGGAUUUUUCACUUAGCCGCUAGAUCUU